AUGGAUAUGCCACCAGUUCAUAUGUGUGUAUUUUUGAGUCAUGAACAUGAACUACUUAAAACAGAAAUAGUCGAACUUAAAAAUCAUAUUACUUUUCUGGAAGAAAAAAUAGCUGAAAAAAAUCUUGAUCAUACUCGUUCAUGUACAAUUUCAUGUCAAACAGAUAUUUUUAUUCCACGUCGUCCAUGUCCAUCAGAACCUAUCAGACCGUCUUUUGAUGAAGAAGCACAUUUACAUCGUCUUAUCAAUGCUCAAAAUGAAUUAUUGAGAAAAUAUGAAAAUGAAGCUAUGUAUCAUCGACAAGAACAGUUUGAAUCAUCACCUCCAUCUGCACUUAUUGAAGAUUAUGAACGUCGUUUAAUUCGAUGUCAAAAAGCGAAAGAACAAGCUGAAAGACGAACUGUUGCUAUUCAAAAACGUAUGACAAAAUUAGAAAAACGAUAUGAAAGUAUGCGUCAAAAAUUGAGUGUACUUGAUGAUGAGUUUUUUGAAGAAGUUAACGAUCUUAAAUUUGCUUUACAACAAGCAACACAUCUCAAUCGAGAAUAUGAAAAAACAAUACAAAUGUUAAGUGCUCAACUUGGUAUUACUUAUCCAGUAACGGAUAUUUAG